AUGAGCAAGAUCUGCGCGCAGCGGACGGAUUUUGACGGCGGCUGGGGUCUGGACCUGGUGCUAGACUGCCGAUCGAAUGGCGGCGGUGGCUUCGGCGGCUCUGGCUCGAACAGUGGCUCCGGCAGCGGCGGCUCUGGCUCCGGUGGAGGUGCGGUUGCAUUCACGACAAGUUGUGAGAUCAAGGGGUUUAUCCCCACUGUGAUACAAGGGAAUCUCCCCCUUAUGGGGGGUUAG